AUGCCCAACUCGCACAUACUAACUCGUUAUCGUGCGAAUACACAUGCACACGGACUACGCAUACAGAGCAGUGUGCGUAUCCUCAAUAACUGUGAGCUGCAAGGCAUCGAGCCGUUUGAUGAGGCACUGGCGGACUUACGGGAAAAGAUAAAACCACUCGCAAGCAGCCGAGACUAUGAGUGGAGUGUGGACGAGAUGACUGCCACGUUGCAUGUCAUGGCCAGG